GGGACCCCUAUGUUGGUUUGGGAUUCGCAUGCCUCAGAGUGAAACAAUUUAACCUGCCAGCCCGCGUGCAACUGUGCACAGCUGAGAACAAGCACUCCAAGUCGGACGCUCAACAGCAAUUGGGCAGAGUUGCGCACGCUGCAUGUACACGAGGGUGGUUCAUGGUCAUAAGCGCAGGGGUGACAUCCGAUAACUUAGUUGUCCCUGGCUGGCUGUCUUACCAUCCCACUAAUCAGCGCUCUUCGCGUAAUUUAACGAGUGAGCUGGAGUUGGUUUGCGCGCGGUCACCAAAUUAAUUUCGAACUUUUUAAGUAACCGUCAGGAUGGACGCGAAGGAAAAAUCGAAAUUAAACCUAAAAGAGGAAACCAGUAAAGGACAAAAACCUUCUUUUUUGCAUUGUUUGGGAGGAUUGCCAACAGUUUUGUGUGUCAUGAUGUCUAUUUGCUCGAUGGCUUUUUGUUUUAUGAUGAAUUUCAAGACGUCUCAUCUGGAGCACAGAGUGCAGGUUUUGGAGAUGGAGCGACUGUCCCUGAUUCAUCCCUUACCGACAGCACUAGAGCCAAAUGGAACAGUGUUAGGACUGCAGAAGACGAUCGAAAAACUUUUACAGGAGAAGCUUAAUUCCAUGGUGCCCAGACUUCGCACAGCGAGGGAGGCAGAAGGUGCAUGUUCCUGUCCGCCAGGGCCUCCUGGGAAGCGUGGUAGAAGAGGCAACCCUGGAACACCUGGUACACCAGGACGGGACGGCUAUCCGGGCCCCCUCGGCAUGGACGGGAAGCCAGGCAUACCUGGGCCGAAGGGAAGUCAGGGAUUGCCAGGAAUAAAAGGAGAAAAGGGUGACCGAGGAGACAUGGGGCCUAGGAUGGUCUUCCCUCGACACGACCACGGCUUUCUUUCAGGUGACCAGCACGUUUUUCAAAGGCGCCUUCUGAAGGGGGAUCAAGGACAAGCGGGGCCCCCGGGCCCUCCAGGGCCUCCUGGGACUCCUGGGACUCCUGGCCCCAGGGGACCCCCGGGGAACACCGGCAGAGACGGACCGAGGGGCUUCCCCGGGGAGCCGGGACCCCCAGGACAUAAUGGCAUUGAGGGACCGAGAGGGCCCCCAGGCAUUCAGGGCAUCGAUGGUGAAGAUGGGGAACCAGGGCCUCACGGACCCCCAGGAAUAAAGGGGGAGGCAGGUGCGCCAGGUGGCCAGGGAGAGAGGGGCCUCGAUGGGCUUCCAGGGAUGAAGGGGGACAAGGGGGAUUUGGGAGAGCCGGGGCCUGAAGGACUCAUGGGUACACCUGGAGAGAAAGGAGCCCCUGGUUCCCUUGAGAGACUUGACCUCUCUGGAGAACUGCACCAUGCUCUUCGGGGACCUCCAGGGCCACCGGGAGAUGAAGGACCCAAGGGAGAUUCCGGUCUGCCUGGCAUACGUGGAGCAGAUGGACCACAGGGCCUGCAGGGGGUGAGAGGAGAAGACGGGAUGCCAGGAUACCCAGGGGUGAAAGGAGAGAGGGGAGAGAUGGGUCUGUCUGGGCCAUCGGUUAUGGAUGGCCUAAAAGGAGAAAAGGGAGACGCCUGGAUUCAGGACAACCUGGCGCAGAUCAUUUCACUGCCCGGCCCCCCAGGCCCGCCAGGACCCCCCGGUCCCCAGGGACUCCAGGGCUACUAUGGAACACCUGGCCCCAAGGGGGAGCCAGGUGAGGCCGUGAGAGGAGAGAAGGGGGGGGAAGGAGAUCGUGGUACCCCCGGUCCAAGAGGUGCUCCAGGGACUCCAGGUGCUGAAGGUUUAGUCGGCCUCCCAGGUUCCAAAGGAGAAAAAGGCAAACAAGGCCUGCCUGGAUUAGAUGGUUUCCCAGGACUGAUGGGAGAGAAGGGAGAACUGGGAGCCAAAGGAGACAAGGGUGACCGCGGCCAAGGGGGGAAGAAGGGCCUGAAGGGACAGAAAGGCGAGCAGGGUCCUCCUGGGCUAGACCAGCCCUGCCCUGUGGACACCAGAGAUUUAAAAGGACAUGAUGGGGAAGCAGGGCUACUCCCCGCCGGCCCUUGCCCCCUGGGUCGAGAUGGGCUGCCCAUACCAGGCUGUUGGAACAAGUGAUCAUUCACUUGGAGGCAUGGGAUUUGUACAUAUCGAUAUAUAUUUUGCAGCUAACACACUUUUUUUUGCCCUUUUUAAUAUUUUCUAUUUAAUAUAUUGAGGAUUUAUAUAGGAUCUGUCUAUUUUUGGUGUUUUGUUUUUACAUAAACGAUGGCACUACAUUUUGAAUAUUUGAAUGAAGGAUGAUGCUGUGGCAUUAACACAGUGCUUUGUACCGGACACCUGAAUGGAGAUGCAUGGGAGUAGUAAAGGACAGCGCUCAUAGGAUGGACAGAGAAUGCUGCUACACCUCUUGAUGGGAGAAUAGGAGGUCAAAAAAAUAACAAACAAGACGUCAUAUGAUUAUUGCAAUAGGAUGCACAUCCUACUACUUGCCAUAUGCAUCAUACACACAACAGCAUGGCCCUCUGUUUAAGUGGAACAUAUGAUGAUGUUCUGGUUAAAAAAAAGGAGCCAGCCCAGGCUUACGUUGGCUACCGGGCUUUUAGCAAGUGGUUUGAAUUCACGUUAAGGUGACCUCAACUCUCAGGAAUUCUGUCUUUUCACAUUACUCAUAUUGACAAAGAACUCUGCAAAGCAAUUUAGUUAGAAUAAGAAACACAGAACAUGUAAAGUAGGAUAUGCUAUGGGUAUGAAGUUGUAUUUUUGUUUGUUUUGUACUUUUUAAAUAAUGUGUGUUAUGAAAACUGCUCAGCCGUGGAAUCUAACGAAAGUCUGUUUGAAUAUGAAGAUACUGCUUUAUGAACUGGUCAGUUUGAGAUUGUAAUGGCGUCUAUGUAAUGUGCACAUUGCUGGUUGUAAAUAACAUGUCUAUAAUAACUAGAAAUUAAGGACAUUUCAGUGUCUUAAGUAUGUUUGUCUUUUCAGUAUCAUUUGUGUAUAUUUCUUUGAAAUACCCGUUGGAUUAAAUAUACAUUUUGUUAAUUAUGUCUGUUACAAGUUCUCUGUAUCAAAUGGACAUCCUUUUUUCAAUUCACACAUCAUAUCCUGUAAACUCUCUGUGGAAUAUUUACCCAUAAUUCAAUGCAGUACUGUGUACUGCUCCUGCACCUGUGCCUUGUCAUAUUGUAACGUGUACCCAUCUAUCCGUAGACAUGCAGUGCAUUAUGCUGGUAAAACUAAAGGGAUUAUCAUAGAGUAAAUCCAAAAUACUUCUUAAAA